UGUUAGAGAGAGAAUCGGGAGGACCGGGGAUAAGAUCAUAAGAAGAAUACAAAAGAGGGUCAGGAGAGAGAAUCGCGGGGUAGAGAGAGAGAGAGAGAGAGGAGAAAGAGAUGGUAAAAAAGAUGAGAGAGAGAGAGGGAAGCAGAGGCGAGUGCAAGAAUCAAGGGAAAACCCCUGCAAUAAGGAACCCCAUAAAUUAUGUUCAUUUUUUUCGCUCUGUAUAUAUAGUACACGAAAAAUUCACAAAAACAUCGGAGAAAAAGCUUUAAAUGGACCACCAGCUACAAAACCUCGUCUUCCAAACCUAGAAGACGAGAGAGAAAAGACUCGGAGAUCGAGAGAGAGAGGGAGAAAGUCGGAGUGGGGUAGAGAAACAGAGGUGAGGAAGAGAGACAGAGUGAGUCCCUUGGAAACAAGAUAGAGAGAGAGAAAGUUCAUCCAUGACCAGAGAAGCAGAGAUGGGUAGAGAGAGAGAGGAUGCCCUUGAAAACUAGAUAGAGAGAGAAAAAGGGUCCCAUAGAAGCUAUAGAGAGUGUGUGUAUAUAAGUAGAGAGAAGAGAGAGAGCAUCGGGACUAAUUCCUCACAUCGAAAUCCUAACGGAGAGACCUGUGGCAACCAGAGGAAGAGGAAAGAGAGAGAGAGAAAGUCAAGCGAAAGACACAGAGGAAGUGGGGGGAGUCUCUCGUAAAUCCAAUAGAGGGAGGGGCAGAGCCAACACAGGAAUCGAAUAGAGAAAGAAACAAAUAUUUAGAGAGAGAGAAACAUCCACCAACGAUGAAAGAAGUCUGGGCGUCUCUGGCCUCCCUCAUGGGCGUCAUCGCCUUCAUCCAGGCCCUACUCCACACCGUCCUCCCACCGGAAUUCCGGUCGAUGUUGACUUCUUUCUUUGCCCGCUUCUCCUCCGUCUUCUCCCCCUUCUGCUACUUCGACAUCCACGACUCCGAUGGGGUGAGCCCGAACGACCUCUACUCUUCGGUGCAGCUCUACCUCUCCCGCUCCGCCUCCACCCUGGCCUCCCGUGCCUCCCUCUCCCGCCUCUCCAACUCCUCCGCCUUCACAUUUUCUCUCUCUAGCAAUCACAUUCUCAAGGACUCUUUCAAUGGCGCCAUUCCCGUAUGGGAACAUAUCAUCUCCCAGCGCCAGGCCCAGACCAUCUCAUGGCGGCCAAUGCCGGAGGAGAAGCGGAUGUUCGUCCUGAAAAUGCACAAAAAGGACAGGCAAGUGCUCAUCCCGGCAUAUCUCGACCACGUAAUGGCUGUGGCUGCAGAAAUUCGGAGGCGGAACCGGGACCGGCUCCUGUACACAAACACGCGAGGCGGGUCAAUGGACGGGAGGGGCCUCCCAUGGGAGUCGGUGCCAUUCAAGCACCCAUCGACCUUCGAUACCCUGGCCAUGAACCCUGCAAAGAAGGCAGAGAUCAAAGGCGACCUCGAUGAUUUUGCGAAGGGCGAGGACUUCUACAAGAAGACGGGGAGGGCCUGGAAGAGGGGGUACCUGCUCUACGGCCCACCCGGCACCGGAAAGUCAAGCAUGAUAGCUGCUAUGGCCAACCACCUCGGCUACGACAUCUACGACCUCGAGCUCACGGAGGUGCAUUCGAAUUCAGAGCUCCGGAAGCUCCUGAUCAAGACCACGAGCAAGUCGAUCAUCGUCAUCGAGGAUAUCGACUGCUCGAUCGAUCUCUCCAACCGGGCAAAGAAGCCGAAGCCGACAACCCCGUCCGAUCCCUCAAACCCGACUCCCAAUCUCCAGGAGGAGAACAACACGAAGACCGUGACUCUAUCCGGCCUCCUGAACUUCACCGAUGGCCUCUGGUCCUGCUGCGGAAGCGAGAGGAUCUUCGUUUUCACGACAAAUCACAUUGAGAAAUUGGAUCCUGCUUUAUUGAGGUCAGGGAGAAUGGAUAUGCAUAUUUUCAUGAGUUAUUGCUGCUACGAAGCUCUGAAAAUUCUGGUUACGAAUUAUUUGGGAAUCGAAGGAGAGGAUGAGGGGCUAAAAGCCGUUGAAGCUCUGGUUGAUGAAGCAGAGAUGACUCCUGCUGAUAUAAGUGAGAUUCUGAUAAAGAGGAGGAGAGACCCAAAGAAGGCUCUAGAGGAUUUGAAGGCCGCCAUGGAGAAGAGAGCGGAACAGAAGGAGAGGGUGAGGAAUCCGACCAGUGAGGAGGUGGCGGAGGAGCAGGAGAAGAGGGCCCUUGAGACACCAAAGGAGAAUGGCUUGGAAGAGGAGGUCUCAAAGGAGGAGAGUGAGAAAGAUCAGGAUUCGUAGAUAAUGGUUUCUGGUUUUCCGGCGACUUUGGCCGUGAAUUUAUGUUUUUUGGCCGGAAGCUGGCGGUGGAAUCGAGGGGCAUUGUGACGUGUCGUGGAGAGGGGUAGAGACAGAGAGAGGUUUUUUUUUAAUCAUAUUUGGUGGCGCCGCCGGUUUUCUACGAGAAGGAAGAAUUUGAUGGGUUUUUAAUGGGCUAUGUAAUUUUUUUUUUCGUGAAUAAUUGUAGAUUAUAGGAAAAAGAGGCACUAAAAGCUUUAUUAUGUUGUCUGAAUUAUCUUAUAUACAGCAAAAAAAAGGAGUAUUCUUAACUUCUGAGGA